ACAAGCCAACGGAAAAUGGGCGACACUUUGGAUGAGACGCCGCCGUCGCGACGCGGUAAGCCGCAAUCCUUGAACAUUAGUCCGGAGGAGACGGCUGAAGAUGCAGUUGAAGGUGCAAGCCAUGCAGCCAGCGGCUCCUCCACGCGCUCGACACGCUCGCGAACGGGCAACGAUCCGGUACGGGAACGCGAUCAAUCCUGCGAUGGACUGAGCUCUAAGGGCAAUCGGAAUGACGAGUUUGUUGGUCUGCCGGCACCACCACGGCGUGAGAGUCUCAACAGCUGCGACCAGCAGCAGCAACAGGCAAGCAGUCCCGGCGGCGGCUUGCAUAAGGCGCUGGGUCUGAGCACUCGUUCCACAGCUGCUGGAAACAAUCCGCGGUACUCGUCCAGCGUUGUGGUUGGUGGCGGAGCUGGCAAUCUGUCCGGCACCACAACGCGCAAGUGUGUCCUGACGCUGGACGGGUACUCCUAUGUCAUAGUUGCCAGCACGCCGGAGACUCUGCCAAGUAAACGUGAAGAGAGCAACGCCGGCCCAGGUGGCAGCAACAGCAGUGCGGGUGGCAGCGGUGGCAGCAGCGGCAUUGGAGCUGCGGCAAGCGGUGCUGUUGGUGGUGCAGCUUCGACGGCAGGCGGUGCCACUGAGCCAAAUAACGGCGAACAGAGCCCCACAAUCUGUGAGCUGGGCAGCAGCGGCGGCGGCGCCAAUGCGGCAAUAAAUGGUCAAGUGGCAAAACACGGCUCACUUACUAUUGUACGGCGCUCGAAUAGUCGCAAGAGCUUCUCACAGGCCGACGCACAGUAUCAAUCGAUCGCCUCGCCCUCGGCGGCCAGCAUUAGCUUCUUCCAGACACCGCUUAGUGAGCCACUCGCGGAGCGCCUUGGUAGUGCUAGGGGCAGCAACGGAACCGCUUCGUCUACGGCCGCUGACAAACGCGCGUUGGAUAGUCGCACUGAGAGCACGUCGAGGGGUCCGAACUCUGUCGGCAAAAUGCAGCCCUCGUCGCCAAAUCAAACGAAUUUCGUAACCGAUACGCCGCACAUACCGUCGUCAACCGAGCGACCCACCUACGACCUCAGGAUAAGUCGCGAUACCAUCGAUUAUCCGAAUUCCAUAAGCGCCGGUCCAGUUGGUUCAAUAUUCAAUCCACUUGUCGAGCAAUCGUCGCAGCGAUCGAUAGAAACGGGCUCAAAUAUGUCGGUCGCCGAUGCAUGGGAAACGGAAACUUUGCCACCUGUCGAUACGCCAGAUGCUCUCAACAAGGCAGCUGUCAGAAUACGCAGUCUGCUGCGACGCAUGGAUCAUGAGGCUGUCGCCUACGAGGAUAUGCAGCGGAAUCUGCAUUAUGCCGCGCGUGUCCUGGAGGCAGUUUUCAUAGACGAGUCAAGAAGCCCCACAUCAGGUAAAAGUAAAUUGGGGCGGAUUGCGUCUUCAUCCGUUGAGAGCGAAGACGAGGCUGCCAGCAAGAGCUGCAAUGCCGACUGCAAGAAUCUCAACAACAACAACAAAAACAGCAGCUGCAGCCUGCACCCAGCGGCGGCGGAGGAGCCAACGCCGUCGGCAACUGACUCCGACAAUCAGACGAGUAACGAGAGCCGCACAAAAGACGUUCUACUGGCUCCGCCGGCAGCAUCUGAGACGCAGGACUUGGUGGUGGCCAAAACGCUUGAAACUGUUGCCGAAUCCGUGCAAGAGGAGCAAACGCCAGCGGACACAGCAACAACAGCGACGACAACGAUGACGACGACGACGACAACAACAACAACAACAGACCCAAAUGAUGCAACAGGUGGCGCUGCCGCGGGUCAAAGUGUUUCCAGCAGUAGCAGUUGCAGUAAUAAAGCGACCGUUCAGCGACAAAGACGCCUGCGCACACCAGUCUGGGCGAGAUCAAUGUCGACGAAUAAAACGCGCCUGGCCGACGAGGAUGAUGAACUGUCCGAGGUGCAGCCGGAUGCGGUGCCGCCCGAGGUGCGCGAAUGGUUGGCCUCGACCUUUACGCGCCAAAUGGCCACCACACGCAACAGGAGCGACGAGAAGCCCAGAUUCCGUUCGGUCGCCCAUGCCAUACGCGCCGGCAUCUUCGUGGACCGCAUCUACAGGCGUGUGUCCAGCUCGACCCUGAUGCAGUUUCCACCCGAUGUUGUCAAAUUGCUAAAGAUGCCGGAAUCCGCGUACAACCUGGACGACUGGACAUUUGAUGUGUUUGCAUUGACCGAGGCAGCCAGUGGCCAGGUGAUUAAGUAUGUGGCCUACGAUCUGCUCAAUCGAUAUGGCGCUAUGCACAAGUUUAAGAUAGCUCCGGGCGUCUUGGAGACGUUUCUGCAUCGCGUGGAGGAGGGCUACUGUCGCUUCCGCAAUCCGUAUCACAACAAUCUGCAUGCGGUGGAUGUGAUGCACACGAUGCACUAUUGCCUGUGCAAUACGGGUCUGAUGAACUGGCUGACGGACUUGGAGAUAUUCGCCUCGCUGCUGGCGGCCCUGCUGCACGACUUUGAGCAUACCGGCACUACCAACAAUUUCCACGUGAUGUCUGGCUCGGAGACGGCGCUGCUCUAUAAUGAUCGGGCCGUGCUGGAGAAUCAUCAUGUUAGCGCCAGCUUUCGGCUGAUGAGGGAGGACGAUGCCAAUAUACUGUCGCACCUGUCACGCGAGGAGUAUAAGGAGCUGCGCACCCUCAUCAUUGAUAUGGUGCUGGCCACCGACAUGACCUAUCACUUUCAGCAGCUGAAGAUUAUGCGCAAUCUGCUGACACUGCAGGAGCCGACCAUUGACAAAUCGAAGGCGCUGUCCUUGGUGCUGCACUGCUGUGAUAUAUCGCAUCCGGCGAAACAUUGGGAUGUCCACCAUCGCUGGACGAUGCUGCUGCUGGAGGAGUUCUUUCGCCAGGGCGAUCUCGAGAAGGAGCUGGGCCUGCCCUUCAGUCCGCUAUGUGAUCGCAAGAAUACGCUCGUGGCCGAAUCUCAAAUCGGCUUCAUCGAUUUCAUUGUGGAACCCAGCAUGACCAUCAUGUCCGACAUGCUCGAGCACAUCCUAGCGCCCAUUGCCCCCGUUAUUAAAAGCAAGCCGGGACCAUUGGUCGAGGAGAGCGCCAACAGCGCUGAUGCCGAUCUGGAUGAGUCGAAAAAAACAAAUGCCUGCGCCAUGACCCGCAAGAGCCUAACACCCAGUGCAACCAAGUUCUCAAUUAACAAACCCUGGCUCAUCUGUCUCUCUGAAAACAAAAAGAUCUGGAAGGAGCAAGCCAUCAAAGAUGCCGAGGCACGUGCGCUGGUCGCCGCUGCCGAAGCUGCAGCUGAAGCCGAGGAUAAUCCCGCUGCGGAAACGGAGGACGGAGCACAGAAGGAAGCGGCUGUUGCCAACUGAAAUGUCCUUGACUAAGCCCCUAGCGAUAUGCGAUAUGCAAUAGAUAAGCGAUAAGCGAUAAGAGAUAACAGAUACAUAGAUACAAUCUCUGCACAGAUAAUAAAACCAACAACAACAACUAAGUAGCAACCCUAUAUAACUACAUAAAUAACUCGAAAAUUGUAUAAAAUAUGUUGUUUAACAAAAUAUCGGUAGAAAUAACACAAAAAAAAAAUAUCGGCGAUAUAUGUGCAGCUUAGUAAUUGAUCAAUCAAAAAUCAGUUAAUAUCACAUAAAUGCAAAAAAUAAGUAAAUUUCUGAAUGUGUACUAUAUAAUAGAAUGUAUUAUUUGUUUGCAACUAGUUUGUUAAAAAAAUAUUUGAGAACCCAAACAAAUAUUAGCGUAAACAUUGUUGUAAAUAGCUGGCAUUUGUAGGAGAUUAUUUCGUUGUUAUCAAUCCAGAAAACAAUUAAUAAGCAUUUACUUAGCUUAGUUCAUAGAUUGAAAUAUUCACUUAUAUGCUAGUUUAGGGCAAACUCUAUUCUUAUCCAUUAUAUAUAUUAAUUUUUUUUAACAUUUUCUUAAGUUUGGAAUUUA